AUGGUGAUGGAGGGCAGGGGAGAUUACGUGAUGAAAGAGAAGUUGAAAACCUUAAAAGCUUGCAUUAGGAAAUGGUGUAAGGAUCAUUUUUGCAGGUUAGAUCUCGAUAUAGGAGAUGGUGUAGAGAAGAUCAACCAUGCUGAUGAUCUGCUAGCUGUUUGUGGGGAAGAUGCAACAAGGGAGCUGGUGGACGAAAGAAGUGUCGCGAUCAGAACCGUGUGGAGGAAUUUGGCGUUAAAAGAAAAUCUGCUUAGGCAAAAAAGCAGGGCGGAUUGGAUCAACUACGGUGAUAUGAACAGCAAGUUUUUUCAUUGUUUUAUGAAGGAGAGAUUUCUGAGGAAUCAUAUUAAUCACUUAGUGGUGGAAGACAGAAUGGUGGAUUCGGUUAGGGAAGUGAAGGAGGAAACAAGGAGGUUUUUUUCAUCUUUGUAUGACGAACCUGAUCAAGAUCGUCCUUUCAUCUCUGGUGUUCUGUUUAGUACCCUAUCGUCUUCUGAAGUUGAGUCGCUCGAAUUGCCGUUUAACGAAGAGGAAAUUAAGGAAGCUGUGUGGGAGUGUGAUGGAUCAAAAAGCCCUGGUCCAGACGGGCUGAACCUUAAUUUUGUCAAGAGAAGCUGGAGCUUUAUGAAGGAAGAUUUUAUUCGUCUUUUCAAGGAUUUUUACAGAUAUGGUGUUCUUUCGAAGGCCAUCACCUCAUCUUUCCUUACGCUUAUUCCGAAAAGAGAGAGUCCUAUGGGUCUGGGGGAUUACAGGCCUAUUUGCCUUGUAGGAUGCAUUUACAAGGUGGUGGCAAAACUUUUGGCCUCUAGAUUGAAAAAGGUUAUUGGUUCCCUUGUUUCGGAGAAUCAGACCGCUUUCAUUCCCGGAAGACAGAUGCUUGAUGGAGUUCUAAUUGCCAACGAAAUUGUGGAUCUUGCGAAGAAAUCAAAGAGGAGCUGUCUUCUUUUCAAAGUGGACUUCGAGAAGGCUUACGACUCCGUGGGUCGUGGUCUUAGGCAGGGCGAUCCCAUGUCUCCUUUUCUGUUUGUUCUGGCAGCCGAGGGUUUAACUAGAAUUAUGAAGAAAGCUAAGUGUGAAGGCGAAUUUGAAGGUUUCAAGAUUGGUCGAGACUGCGAGGUAGAGUUAAUUCAAUUUGCAGACGAUACGCUUUUGGUUGGUUCUGCUUCUUGGAAGAACGUCUCGACCAUUAAGGCUAUUCUUCGUGUCUUCGAGGCAGUUUCGGGUCUUAGAGUUAACUACGAUAAGUGCAGGCUUUUGGGAAUAAAUGUGGGGGAUCGUUUCGUUGAUGCGGCUGGUAGCUUUCUGUCUUGCAGAAUUGAUAAUCUCCCUAUCAAUUUCCUAGGAAUCUCGAUAGGGUGCAAUCCUGGCUUAUGUUCUACCUGGGCACCGCUUAUUACGAAGCUGAAAUCGAGGCUUUCAAAUUGGAAGAACAGAUUUCUCAGCAUGGGGGGCAGAAUCACCCUGUUAAAAUCUGUUCUCUCUAGCAUAUCCAUCUUUCAGUUAUCCUUUUAUCAGGCUCCUGUGCAGUGGCGGUGGAGAAUUCUCAAAAGAGGCAGCGCGCUUUGGUUGGAAGUGUUGGAAGCUAGAUACGGUCACUUGACUCGCGAGCUUAGCGAAGAGGGAGGUGGGAGAGCAAGCCGGAUGAAAUCAAGGUGGUGGAAAGACAUAGUGAAUUUGGAGGGAAGUAAUUCUCAUAAGGUGCUGUUAGGAAAUACGAGAUAUAAGCUUGGAAGAGGGAAUUUAGCUCUGUUUUGGGAAUCAAAAUGGCUGGGUGAUUUCACUUUAAAAAUCUUGUUCCCAGAGCUGUUCGAGGUGAGCUUUAAGAAGGGUGCAAAGGUAAGUGAUAUGGGAGCUUGGGUGGCGGAUAGGUGGAGCUGGGAGGACUUUGGAUUGCAGACGGAUCCGGCCAAUCUGCGUGCUGAUUCGGUUAUGACUUUGAAUGAGUUUCUCGGGUCAGCAUCUCCGAUCAAGAACGAGGAGGAUACGGUGUUCUGGACUUUCAAUAGCGAUGAUGAAUACACGGCAAAGGGGGGGUAUUUUUGUGUUACUGAACAAGAACAACAAGGCGAAGCCGCGGUUGACGAAAGGUGUUCAAAAGCGCUAAAGAUUAUGUGGUCCUCGGCAAUACCGUACAGCAUUAAGGCAUUCUUGUGGAGAUGUUUUUUGGACAGAAUACCCACGAAAGUCCAGCUAAAUCGGAGAGGCAUGAAUUUUUCUUCUUCUGAGUUGAAUUGUGCUCUUUGUAAGGAUACGGCGGAGUCUAUCUCUCAUGUCCUUUUCUUAUGCCCGGUUUCUUCUUUGGUAUGGAGGAACAUUGCUAAUUGGAUUGAUUUUGACACGAGCUACUGUGGCAACAUUUGGGAAGAUUUUCUGAGCUGGAGCGACUAUGGGCGGAAAUCCAAAGUCAAAAGAAGGAAGGAAAGUAUCGUGUGGGCGGCUGUUAUCAGAGGCCUUUGGCUAAAGAGAAACGAAAUUAUCUUUGAUAACGGAGCGUGCAAUGUCAAUGAUAUCACGUGGAAUAUCAAGAUAAAGCCUUUUGAAAUAAUUAAAAAAAUGGCAACAACACCAAACAAAAUCAUCUCGUUCACAAUACUACUUUUCAUAACCAUCAAUAUAGUUAAUGGUCAAGCUCAACCAAACCAAUCAAGCUUGGUGUUCUACCUACAAGAUGUUGGAAAAGGACCUAAGGCAACCGUUUCACCGGUUAUAGGCAUCAAUGGCAAGGUUUGGUCAUAUAACACAUUUGGAACAAUAUUUGUUGUUGAUGAUCCUGUUACAAUAAGUCCUAACUCAUAUUCAACUCAAAUUGGACGGGCUCAAGGUAUAAUUACGGUAACUGCUCAAGAUGGUGCAAAUGUGAACAUAGUUUUGUCACUUGUGUUCAACAAUGCGCAGUACGCUGGUAGCACUUUGGAAAUUCAAGGUACAAGUCGUCAGCGUGAUAAUUUACGAGAGCUCGGUGUUGUUUCUGGAACAGGAAGGUUUCGAUUCGCAAGGGGAUUUGCUGUGUUUGAAACUAUAUCUUAUGAUCCUAUCUAUAGUCAAUCUGUUAUUAGGUUGACUGUAACCUUAGCAAUACCUUGAAAAUAUAUGUAUUAUUACAUGGUUAAUGCUUGUUAAAAUUGAACAUUAUAUCAUAUGAGUGUAUGAUGAUACAAGCUUCAAAUAUGUAUCAAUAAAAUAAUAUCUUAGAGCAUUAAACCUUUAUCCUAUUAGUACUA